UCUCCUUAUGUCUGUUUUUGUAUCACUUUGUGUGUAUGCGCAGGUAAGAAGCAGGACCUGUGGUACGUGGUGGACCUGUUGACAGGGGAGAAGCAGCAGACCCUCACUUCCUCCUUUGCUGAGAUGCUGUGUCCCUCCUCCUCCCUGCUGUACCUGGGACGUACCGAGUACACUAUCACCAUGUACGACACCAAGAGUAGAGAGCUCCGCUGGAAUGCCACCUACUUCGACUACGCCUCCACGGUGCCUGACGACGACACCAAAUACAAGAUGGCCCACUUUGUCUCCAAUGGUGAUGGGCUGGUGGUGACAGUGGACAGUGAGUCGGGUGACGUCCAGUGGAUCCAGAAUUACAACUCCCCCGUGGUGGCCAUGUACAUAUGGCAGCGUGAGGGCCUGCGCAAGGUGCCGCUCACCAACGUCGCUGUGGAAACGCUGCGCUACCUCACCUUCAUGUCAGGCGAGGUGGGCCGCAUCACGCAGUGGAAGUAUCCCUUCCCCAAGGAGAAGAAGCCCAAGAACAAGCUCAUGGCCACACUCUACGUAGGCAAGUACUCCACCAGCCUGUACGCAUCGCCCUCCCUGGUGCAUGAUGGGGUCACGGUCGUGCCCCGCGGCAGCACCUUCCCCAUGCUGGAGGGUCCUAACAGCCAGGAGGUAACAAUGGAGGAGGAGUGUGUGAUCACCCCCAGGACCAGCGUCAAAUUCAACUCUGCCCUGAGGGAACGCAACCACAUCAACUUCAUGAGGAACCACCUACUCCUUAUAGGUCAUCAUGAGACGCCUCCUGAUGCCCAUAACAAGAUCCUGGAGAAGUUCCCUGACAGUAUCCCACGCCAGCAGGGCAAUGUCAUCCCCACCACCACAGAGAAGACCCUAGAGGAGAAGGUGAAUGAGAGUGACAUGGGAGAAGGCCCCACUGUGGGCCCCAGCCCCCCGGCGGUCACCUCCAUCCAGGAGCAGCGUGGGCAGACCACACCGGUGAGGGUGGAGGCCCCUGUGGACUCCAUGCUUAAAGACAUGGCCACCAUCAUUUUCAGCACCUUCCUCCUGACUGGCUGGGUAGCCUUCAUCAUCAUCUACCCCAAGAGUGUUCACAAACAGCAGCAGCUGCAGCAUGAACAGUUCCAGAGGCAGUUGGAUGAGCGGCUGGAUCUCCUGAGGAGACAGCCGUUCUCUUCCCCGGGGACUGACCUGCCCCUGCUGGCCCCGGACGCUGACUCAGACCACAGCAGCCCCAACGGCACCCCCAACAUCACCCCCCGUGCAUCCAACCACUCCAACCUGUCUGUGCCUGAGCUGGGCAGCUCUGCCAACGAGCCCGAGGACGGAGAUGAGGACUCCAACAUGGUCAGAGUUGGAAAGAUAACUUUCCGGCCCAAAAAUGUUUUGGGACACGGUGCAGAGGGAACCAUCGUGUAUAAGGGUCAGUUUGACAACCGUGCCGUGGCAGUCAAGAGGAUCCUCCCAGAAUGCUUCAGCUUUGCUGACCGUGAGGUGGACCUGCUGCGCGAGUCGGACGAGCACCCCAACGUCAUCCGUUACUUCUGCACAGAGAGGGACCGCCAGUUCCAGUACAUCGCCAUAGAGCUGUGUGCCGCCUCACUGCAAGAGUAUGUGGAGAGACAGGAUUUUGAUCGGCAUGGACUGGAGCCUGUGAUGCUGCUGCAGCAGACCAUGUCAGGACUGGCACACCUGCACUCCCUCAAUAUAGUGCACAGAGACCUGAAGCCCCACAACAUCCUGGUGUCCAUGCCCAACGCCCACGGUCGGGCGCGGGCCAUGAUCUCCGACUUUGGCCUGUGUAAGAAGCUGGCGGUGGGCCGACACAGCUUCAGCAGGAGGUCCGGGGUGCCCGGCACCGAGGGGUGGAUCGCCCCAGAGGUCCUCAAUGAGGACUGCAAGGACAACCCUACUUGCACGGUGGACAUCUUCUCUGCAGGCUGUGUGUUCUACUAUGUGGUGUCCUGGGGAUGUCAUCCCUUUGGCAAGUCCCUGCAGAGGCAAGCCAACAUACUGCUGGGAGCCUACAGCCUGGACCAGCUACAGCCCCACAAACAUGAGGACAUCGUGGCCGCAGACCUGAUAGAACAGAUGCUAAGCAUGGAGCCCCAGAGGAGGCCUUCUGCUGAGAGCGUGCUCAAACACCCCUUCUUCUGGAGCCUGGAGAAACAGCUGCAGUUCUUCCAGGACUUGAGUGACAGGAUAGAGAAGGAGCCGCUGGACGGACCAAUCGUAAGGCAGUUGGAGCGAGGGGGGCGGGCCGUGGUGAAACUGGACUGGAGGGAGCACAUCACAGUGCCUCUACAGACCGACCUACGCAAAUUCCGGUCGUAUAAAGGAGGGUCUGUCAGAGAUCUUCUCCGUGCCAUGAGAAACAAGAAGCACCAUUACAGGGAGUUACCAGCAGAGGUCCAGGAGACUCUGGGCUCCAUCCCUGAUGACUUUGUCUCCUACUUCACUUCCCGCUUCCCCCACCUGCUGCGCCACACCUACCUGGCCAUGCGCACCUGUGCCCACGAGAGGUCCUUCCUUCCCUACUACUCCAGCUCAGAGCAGCUCUCCUGGAUACGGACUCCCUACACACACCCCGGGCCCAAGGCCACAGAGCUGCUGCAGACACACAUGUCGCAGCCGGAGGAACCCACACCGUCAAACACAGUACCCUCACAGCCUGAGAAGGUGUCAAACACAAUUCCAUCCACAGCACCCAUACAGUCAGUGACCGUAUCAGACUCCACACCCAUACAGUCACUGUCAAACACAACAACACCCCCACAGUCAGUGCCAACCACAUUACCAGUAGAGCCAGUAUCAUCCACAUCAUUACCAGUCAAACCAGUACUGCCUACAUCACCCUCAUCCACACUGCCAGACCUGCCCCCACAGACAGUGUUGCCCUCAGAACCCCCCACACCCUCAGAAACCCCCCUUACAGAUCCCGUCCCACCUGAACCACACAUGCUGCCAGUGCCACAUCCAGCCACACCGGACACGGCGCCUGCCUGAGAGCCGACGAGGGGUGGUGGGUGAGUGCUGCACAGAGGAGCAUUGCCUUACGAGUGGACACAUACUGGUGUUCUGUUGCUCUGUCCUGUGCUGGUGAGGACCAGGCCUGCAGUGUCUGGGAGCUGCCGACAGGGGGGAGCAGCAGCCCAAACCAAGUGCCUUUCCUGCUCGACUGAGACAAAAUGGCUCCGAAUGGAACCGUCCCAAGGUCCCUCGACGCAUCAAGAAGCCAGGGUGGAAAUGAACUAGUGGGGGCCGUACUGUGUACUACAGAGAGAAUCUGUUUUAUUUGCAAUGGAGUCCCUGCUAAUGUCAAGUACUGUGAGGUAUUGUUGGGCACAAAAUACUUGGCAAAGCAAGGGAGGAAUUCUUCUGUUGAUGUUGAAAGACAAGUCGACAAUGGUAGUUUUACUGUGGAAUCUUGUUAUUUCUCUUAAUGAGCCUAUACACUGUAAAGAGGUGUAUAUUUUUGUAUAGGUGACGACUUGAUAAUGACUAUCGUUGAAAAUCAUGGGAUGUGGCCAUUGUGCCUUUUUAAAUAACACUGUGUUAUGUAUGUGAGCUCUGAGGGUAGACGUCUCUGGAAUAGUUUUGCUUGCUGCUGCAGAUGCUGCUAGUGACGGCUUUUCUCUCUUGAAUAACUACUAUUUCAGUGCCUGUCUUCUUGUGCAGGCGAGCACAGAUAUGCUAAAGGGUGUUUGAACUGAACACUGGUAAAAGCAUAAUGUGUUUGUCUUUUCUACUUUUAUCUCUGAUAGCGUUGUGCUGUACAUCAGACACAAGGCAAUAUGUGAUCUGAUUGUGUUUUUAUUGCAGGACAUCGCCCAAAGUCUUGUUUGCUUGAUCUCUGACACACUAGGCCUUUACUAAAACUGGUUCAGCUACAAGUCAUGAUAGGAUGAUUACAGAAAGCAUUCACUUCACAUUCUGGUUUUUGCUGUCAGAGGAAUGAUGUGUUUUCUCUCAUCCUAGCUUUGAUGAAGGAUGAUCCAAUGCAACAUGUUUUAUUCAAUCGUAUUGUCUGUAUAAUGAUUGGCAGUUAAAUAGGUCUUCAUUUAUUACAUGAAUUAACUGUUAUAGUUUGUUAAUAUUUUAUUUUUAAGUGGAAUGCAUUUACUUCAGGUUUAUUUUGUACUGUUCAUUGUACAUCAAAAACCCCAAGAAUGUACAGUAUUUUGUCUAAUGCAAGCUGAUUAAAGUUAAGUGAAGAGGGUUUUCUGCAAAAGUGAACAGUAAAUCUUUUGCAGUCUCGUCUGACGAUGCCUUUUACUGUUAAGAUUUAAUUUCUAACAUGCCAUCCUGAAUGCAAGAAUAGUUUGUUUUAUGAUAUUCCAUUUUCAGUUUUGCAAUUGUCUCCUUUUGCCAACAUGUCUGCCAUUGUUGGAGUGAAAAUGCCAAAUUAAAUCAGCAUUAAUAUCUG